AUGGCUGUCGUCACCGUCCAAUUGCUUUGUCAGGCACUCGAAGUUAAGCUGUUGCAGUGCCCGGCAGUGCCCCUGCUCAACAGGUGCUACUUUAAGAUGGGCCCUCGCUUCUGGACGUCUGCCAAUGCCAUCGUCAUGGGCACGACGGUGCUGGGACAGGAUUCACAUCCAGGCUACAAACUGAUGAACAUUUGUGUCAUUGCUUUUGAACUCAUGGACUACUUUUACCACGUGUCUGUUGCAACAGCCCUUCGCACUCUCAAGCCCUUUUGGGUGGGACGACUGAGCGGAACGGAAGCUGUGAUGCUUGACACCUGGGCGAUUGGCAAAUGGCUUUGCGUUGGAAGCCUGCUGAUGGUGGGCAACUUGCCGCUUGCUUGA